GCGAUUGUGUCGCCACCUAAUUAUUACUCCGCAUAAGAAGAAGAUUAACCUUAAAAAUUUUCAAUUUUCCACACAAUUUUAUUGAAAUUAAAAUGAUUACAUAUGAGUUAUGUUUAUUAUUACGAGUUAUGCCAAAGAGUGAACUAGUCACAACUUUAAAGAGAACAGCUGAAACAAUAUUCAGUAAAGGAGGAAUAAUUAGGAAAUUAGAAAAUCUGGGAACAAGGGAGAUGCCAUUUAAAACUAGUGUACAUGGUGUGGUGUACAAUAAAGCUAGUUAUUUUCUAUAUGAAUUCAAUGCACCCCCCAGUUCAUUGGAUAGCUUGUUAGAUGAGUAUGGAAGGGAUGUAGAUGUUAUCAGAAGAACCAUUUACAAGAAGAAACAAUUGGACCCAUUUGAAUGUACUUUACAUGAAGAAAUUCUACCCCCACCCUACAGAAAAGAUGUACAAAAAAUGAUUGAACUGACCAAAAAAGAAGAUAAGUUUAAAUUUAAAUACAAUUCUGGUUUAGACUAUUAUCCCUUCCAAAAAUAGAGUUUUGUACAGUGUAAGUAGUAAAAUAAUAACAGUUUGUUUCAA